ACUGUUCGACAGUGGACUCGAUAUCCCGCCAGUUUGGACCACGCUCAAGUCCAACCGGCGCGACAGAGCAUCUCGAGUCAGUCUGGCACUCUUUUGCGUCCGAAGACUCUCUGCGUACCGUCCUCUCUCCCUUUCCCGUCGAUACCCGCUUGCGUUCUUACUUGGACUGUAUACAACCGGCCCGUAACCAUCACCGCGCCCACUUAUACCGCCUGUCGCGGUACUGCGUCCAACAUCUAGGAAAACCAACCAUCCGAGCAGUUCGUGCGCAAGCAAUACAGAUUCAAGAGUGCCGCUCGCCAACCGUGGUACUUCUCUUAUACUAUCGACUAUACGUGGCGAAUGCGCAUUGUGAAUUCUCAAUACUUGAGGCAACAAAUCGACGAAGCACGCGAGCGCAACAGUCCAGGAUUAGCAGUACAAGAUGGAAUCAUUACUCUCUCUCGCUUUCGAUAACCUCUCGUCAUUCGAUGGUUCCAAAAUCAAAAAGGGGCUAAGGCAGGUCGAAGGCCUUCUUGCUCAGAUCUGCCUUGCCGGCCAAGGUAGCCCCAAGAAACAAGGAGAAAACCAACAACAACCACCGCGCCGAAUGCUCGCAGACCUCUCCCCUGAUCCAGCUUUUCGAGAAUUCUUCAAGCUCCAGGAGGGAUUCGAAUGGAACGUUGCGCAGCGUCUUCUCACCACACUCGACUGGCUCGUUGUGCGAGGAGGAGAUGGAUCGUACAACAUGUUGAUAGUCAACGCACUGGAUCUCAUCCAGGGCGUCUUGCUUUUGCACCCGCCAAGCAGGGUGCUUUUUCAGCGCAGCGUACAUAUGAACCUUCUCCUCGAUCUUCUCGAACCCAUCAACUCCCCUGCCAUCCAAUGCGCCACGAUAAUCACCCUUGUCGUUGCCCUUCUCGACAUGCCCCAAAAUAUUCGAGUAUUCGAAGCCCUUGACGGUCUACUUACCGUAACCUCCCUGUUCAAGUCCCGUGAGACCGGCAGAGAGGUCAAGUUCCGCCUCACGGAAUUCUUGUACUUUUACCUGACGCCAGAAACACCAAAUAUCCCCAAACCAGACAGAACGAGUGUGAUUGCGGGGCCAGAGUUAAUCCCAGGUAGCCCAGGAAAGUCCAAACUGCUUGCUAGCGGUGGCAGGCAAAGGUCAAAGAGUGAAAGUGGGAACACGCUGAGUGUGGAUGCCAAGAAGCAGCACCUUGACCGGUAUCUACCAGGGGUAGUGGACGAGUUGUUGAAAGACCUGGAUACGUAUAAACCAUUUGGGGGUAUUCUGAGCUGAGCGGAGGUGGUGUUCUUGUUCUCACCAUUUUUUUUGUUUUGUUAGGAGAGCAUUAUGGCUGUUGUGGGUGUUUGCAUGCUUUUUCCUUGUCUGAGUUUGCUUCUCUUAUUUCGCUAGGUCGAUGCCGGGAUUCAUUUCCUGCGCAGUCCUAGCUCACAGUUACUUACCACUGCACGCAUUUGAAGAGCGGAAAAGACUGUGGAUUAUAACCUGUCAAGGGGUCGACAGGCAGAAAGAUUUUUCAGGGGUUAUAGAAAGAGGCGUGGAGUCCAGGAGUUUUAGAUACCAUUAUAUACCAAAGCAUGGCCUACGGCAAAUAUGUGCCAGGCUUCCUAAUUUACACAACAUCUGUAUUGCGGCAGAUGGAAUCAGUCAGCCUUUACAUAUAAAGACAAUAUUUGGAGCCC